AUGAAACAGCCCAAUUUCCUCAUAAUCGGCGCUGGCUCACGCGGCUCCGCCUACGCCCGAGCAAUCUCAACCUCCACCCCCGGCCGCGUCGGCGCAGUCGCAGAGCCGAAUCCAUACAAGCGGAGCGCCCUCGGCCAGAACUACAUCUGGGGAGAGCGGGCUCCUAAACGGGGGGAAGAGUUUGAGGGGUGGGAGGAAUGGAUUGAGUAUGAGACGAAUCGAAGACAGCGCCAGUCGUCAAAAUUAAAUUACAGCAACGGGGCAUCAUCAUCACCAUCGAAUGGAGUUCCCACAGAGGAUGAAGGCGAGGGUGAAACCGGCGUCGACGGCGUCGACGGCGUCUUAAUCUGCACCCUCGAUGAAACGCACAUCAUCAUUCUCUCCGCGAUAGCAAAAGCGAACCUCCUCGACCUACAUGUCCUUUGCGAGAAACCGCUGGCGCUCUCGCUAGAUGACUGUCUAAGCGUGUAUGCGGCCUGGACAAAGUCUGACUCCGGCGAGCGGGUUCCUCCCAAGAGCAUCUUCUCCAUUGGCCAUGUGCUCCGGUAUAACCCACACAAUCUGCUUCUGCGGCGGCUGGUCCGCGCGGAGCAAGUAGUGGGGGAUAUUGUAUCCGUUGAGCAUACCGAGCCAGUCGGGCAUUGGCAUUUUGCGCAUAGUUACGUGCGCGGGAAUUGGCGGCGGGAGACGGAGAAGGGUGAUGGGAGUCUUUUAACGAAAAGUUGUCACGAUAUCGACUUUUUGGUUUGGUUGAUUGAGGCGCCGGUUAAUUCUGCUGCUGCUGGCGAGGAUGGUGGUGAUGGUGAGAGAAAGCUCCGUUUACGAACUGUGUCGUCAACGGGAUAUCUAACGCAGUUCUUACCAUCGCGCAAACCCGCAGCUGCGGGCUCAGCGACAAAUUGCACAACCUGUCCCAUCGAGCGGGAUUGCACAUACUCCGCCGUCCGCAUCUACCGGGACAAUCAACUAAACAAGGGAGAGACGGGGUGGCCUGUCAACAUCGUUUGCCCCGAUAUAGAAGACCACCUGCCCUCAAACGACAGCAGCAGCAGCUACGGCCAGCCUCAUAGAAAGGCAAGCGGAGCCGUAACAGCAGAAGCAGAAUUCCACCUCCUCUCCGCGCUAGGACAAGACUACACCGAAACCACAGACGACAAUACAAUCAAAAAGCGACCCUGGUACGGCCGCUGCGUCUACGAAUCCGACAACGACGUCGCGGACGACCAAGUCGUGGCCCUUGCUUGGGACGUUGUCCCCUCAACAACCACACAACCCAUCCAAUCUAAUAACCGCAAAGCAAAAAAGACACCCGGGGUAACGGCCCUCUUUCACAUGAUCGCACCCACAGAAGCCCAAUGCGUCCGACGCGGCCGCAUCUACGGCACAAAGGGCGAAAUAACCUACGACUCAUCCAGCAUCUCGAUCUAUGACUUCGGUAGCGGCAAUACGCGCACCAUCCACAUACCCAAGCAACCCCCCGAAGAAGCAGAGUCGCAUGGAGGCGGUGACUAUGGGCUGGCCAGGGGUUUUGUUGGUGCUGUUGAGGCCGUGAUUAAUAAGGGGUGGAGCGUUGAGAAGGCACAGAGGGAGUUUGUGGGGUGUGCGCUUGAGGAGGUUGUUAAGAGCCAUGCAGUGGUCUUUGCGGCGGAGGAGAGUAGACGUACUGAAGAGGUUGUGAGGUGGGAAGGGUGGUGGGGUGGGAAGUUGAAGGGAGUUGGGUUGGGUUGA